AUGUUCCAGAUCUCGUUUCCGUCGUUGAAGUCGUUUAAGAUAUUCGGCGAGAAGCAGGUCAUUAAUAUUGCGCCUGUCAAUUCGCAUGAUAUCGAGAAUGCGCAAGAGAAGUCUGGUAGGGCGUUGAAGCACCUUCUCAAGCUCAAUCAUGCAAACCAUGCUAUUCUUUACAAUGAUCGGAAGUUCCAUAACCAUGCACCACAUCUUCUGAGUUCGGCCUUUCUGCUGGGCGCAGAAGCGGAUGAUUUAACCCGUGUUUACGAGAAUGAGUCCAAGUUGCUAGAUGCAUGGGAUGAUUCACCGGCAGAAGUCACGAACGAUGACUGGAGAGAUCAUCUGGGUUGCCGAAAAUAUCAGAAGGCCUUUGUAGAUUUCUAUGAAGAUGAGUUGGUACGAUUCAAUUAUGACUGGAAGGGGGUAGUGGAGGAGUAUCUCUUUUCCGGCGAAAAGCCAGUAUUCAAUUCCCUUGUUGCCGACCUUGGACACCCACUUAUCCACCUCGCCUAUGCAUAUGAAAUUGGCAGCCGCGAGAUAGGAAUGGAAGCACUGGGUUUAGCAUCAGUAUGCUACAACAGCAUACACAACUACACCGACGACCCUGUCGCGUCUCAACCCGCACCAUCGUACCAAUCAACAUCAUUUUUCGAAAUAUUCGAAAAAGUCCGCUCAGACAAACACUUAGAUGGGCUCUUCGCUACACCAGGUGAUCACAACAUAGAAAAAGUGUUCAGCGACCGCGAAGCCGUCCUCCUUAACCACUGGAACGCAUGGAAAAUCGAGAACCCCGUCGAGCAAUUCCGCGAAAGUCAAGAGCUAGCAGUGGCGCUUUUUGUCGCCUCGCACGGCGACAUGUCACAGAAAUAUGACUUCUUCCUCAUCCAUGUUCUGACGACUAGCCAUGCCGUCCGGGUCCUCUUACCCGUGAUUCCGGCAAAGUUCCAGAUCUCUCUCGUUCGACAAUGGUGGCUUAUUACGCUGGCCAUCUUCAUUGCUCAAUUACGACCGGAGCUGCCACUGGAUCGGAUUAGUAAUUUCGAUCUAAAGGGUAGAGACUGGGAUUGGACUGCUAAGCAGGCUGUCAAGGGCGAGUACUCCACUGAUGCGCAUUAUGUUAAGGCUAUCUGGGCCUUGAGGCAGAUUGCAAGUACCUGGGGUGAUCAGGAUAAGUUUUAUUUGAAGGCUGCUGUGAAGUUUGCGGAGGAGUUUAGUGGAUGGGGUGGUUUUGUCUAA